UUAGUCUAUGGCUGACUGACACCCACAGCAGCCGUGUUGAUAAGGAGAGAAAUUUAAUAACACAUUCAGUGGGCAACAAUUUCUUUAUUAAUUAUUCCCUUUCUCUCCUCUCUUUCACCAAUUCUCCAAAAUUUCAACCCCCCCAAACUCAAGAUUUGUGCUGUCAGAGCGAUUCACAUUGCCUGUGUUACGGUUGUCUGCUUUCAAAGCUUUUGAAGUUGUACUUUCGGAAUUUGCAAGGUAGUGUUGUUUAGGACACUUCAAUUUUCUUCGGUUCCAAAACAUGAUGUCUCAAGAAGCAAUAUCUGUUCCUUCCAACAACCUCAGAGACCCCUCGGUUCAACUUCAUGAACCAAACUCAAACUCAAAUUCAAACCCUAAUAAUCCUAACCCUAAUUCACUUAAGAGAAAAAGAAGCCUACCCGGAACACCAGAUCCGAAUGCAGAAGUGAUUGCUCUGUCGCCAAAGUCGCUGAUGGCGACCAACCGAUUCAUCUGCGAAGUGUGCAACAAGGGUUUCCAGAGGGACCAGAACCUGCAGCUGCACCGGCGAGGGCACAACUUACCGUGGAAGCUGCGGCAGAGAAACAAGGAAGAGGUGGUGAAGAAGAAGGUGUACGUUUGUCCAGAGAAGAGUUGUGUGCACCACGACCCUUGCAGAGCCCUGGGAGACCUCACCGGAAUAAAAAAGCACUUCAGCAGAAAGCACGGUGAGAAGAAGUGGAAGUGCGACAAGUGCUCCAAGAAAUACGCUGUUCAAUCUGACUGGAAAGCCCAUAACAAGAUUUGUGGGACUAGACAGUACAAAUGUGACUGUGGCACAAUAUUCUCCAGGAAGGACAGCUUUGUAACGCAUGGAGCCUUUUGUGACGCCAUGGCGGAACAAAAUGCGAGGCUUCCGGCGGUUUUAUCAAACCUUGGAAGCGAGAUUUUGAUGAAUGCUGCUCAAGGUCCAAGAGUAAUGCCACAGGCUUUACAAUUACAUGGGUUUCAUAAUUCAGAGUUUGGUGGGCCAGGCUCAGAACCAUACAUGGGGAAUUUUGCGGAUGUGAACCAUGUCGAGCAUAAUAAGCUAAGGAUGCCACUAUGGCUAGACCAGACCAAUAAUAUUCCUCUUCAGCUUAAUCAUCAUCAUCAUCAUCAUCCUCUAAGCGUCUCAAGCAACAACUCUUCAAGUUUGUUCUCACCAGGAACAACCUUGGCUGAGGCAAACAACAUGUUUGGGACAUCAUCGUCGUCACAGGGACAGUGGCUGAAUUACCGAUACCACCCAGAAGCAUCAUUUACACAUGCCAACGUUUCUAUUCCUCAUGGACUGAAGCUAGAGCAAGAAGAAAACAAAGGGGACUUGUCGCAUAGUGUGAGCUCUUUGUACCAAAGUCACAUGGAACCUACAAGGAUGAGUGGUGGUAAUAAUAAUUUGGCCUUCGACAACUCCAACUUUGGCCUGUUGGACCCGAACAUGUCAAGCACGUCCAGCAACAACAACAACCGCUACAACAAUAACGUGGUUGAAAUUCAGAAAUUGUUCAAGCAAGGAAACCAGGCUGUUGAGAACUUCAACCACAUGGUGAAUUCCCAGGCAAGCACCAACAAUAUUAUUGGAGGUGGGUUUUCAUUGAGUAGCACCAAGGGUUUGGAGCACAUGGUGAUGCCGCGGAUUGAAGAGUGGGAGAGUGGAGAACCAGAAAUAAUGCAGAAGCAACAACUACGUUCAAGUACUUCAAACGCUACUGAAGAGCACUUAACCAAAGAUUUCAUGGGUAUUGGACCAGUGAUCAACCUGCAAAGCCAGUUCCGUGGACAUUACUGAUCAUCGAGCGGGCGAGCUAGGUUCAAAAUAAUUAAUGAAGCUAUAAGGUUAAGGUAGUGAAGUUGUGUGAUACAUAAGUACGUGUAGCAGAUGAUAUGUACUCAAGGUUUUAAAAAUCGAUCCAUGACUGUAACUUGAUCACGAUUAGGAUCAUAUUAAUCAUGCACAUUUAUUCAUAAUUUGUCACCAUAUCAACAAAUACGAUAAAAUCGCAGUCCGACAAAGCCGCAACCUUGUAUGUACGUACCUCAAAGUCACGAUAACAAUGAGAUGAUUAGGGGCAUGAUACCGAGUCGGAUUCGGAAGCAUGCACAGUGCACAGGGUGAUAUCACGUGAUCAUAAAUAUCGAUAUCAUAAAGCCAUCCCGUGAAGGAAGUGGGGGCCAUUGCGUUUUGGAAGAGACAAUAUAUAUUCCCUGCAUUCUAUGCUGUGCUUGGUGUAUUGUAUAUUGUUAAUUAAGGUUAAGAAUUAAUUUGCCUGGUUUAAUUUCUUUUAAGUUUUAGCUUCUUGUAGUUGAUUUAUAAUGUAUUAUUAUUAUUAUUACAGGGCAAACAAGUAGAUACACGUACACAAA